CCACAUGGUACCGAAGAAAGCAGGCAGCAAGCCACCAGCCUUCCCCGGCACCAAUACCACCCUCCCUCGAUCCGACACCAGGCAGCGUGCCCUGAUCAGCAUCGAUGGACCGACAAAUGGAUGGCAAAGGCGACGAAUGGCCUGGAUCCAAAUGGGCAGAGGAUACGAGCGUCCUCACGAACGAUCUCGUCCGUAUCUAUGCCCACCUCAAUACAGGUGCCCAUGACCUUGCCCAGUUCACUGACAAGGCCGAUGCCACCAUGGGCUAUCUAUUCGAGUUUCCGAUCGACAAGAUCCACUGUGACGUGAUCACCAAGGACGGGGAAAUGUUCACGACGACGCUCGAGGUCCGAUACGACCAUGCGGCACUGACUGCCGAACGCAACGGCGAAAUGAUCACAUUCCUUGUGGUUGACACCCAGGACGGCAAGUCAAUGCGGCUCAAUAUCAUCGAGACCAUGCUCAAGGGUUGUUUGUCAUUCGAUGGCGACAAGCUCCGCAACAAUGGAAUCGGCUCCACUGGCGACGAUGUAACUCACCUCUUCAACAAGCUGAUCAGGGCACGCUGUGCGAUUGCAAGUGAGAUCAAGGGCAGCAGCACCCUGAACCACAAGGCCCUCAAGCAGCUCGCGAGCAACGAUUCGAUCGAGUAUCGCACCCUCUAUUCACCGAUCUCGGACUACACGCCCAUAUUCAAGGCGAUCGUGGCGACCAACACCAUCCCAGAGUUCAGCGCGGAAGCAAAGGCAUCGGCGGACAUCAGCACCCUCUUUCGCAGGAUGAUCAUCGUCAACUUCCCCAUGAAAAUCAAGACCACGAACUGGAUAUAUGCCAUGCUCGGGCUCCUCGUCGACUCCUUCCCGGAAGCUGCCGACAAAACCAAGCCACUCAGCGCCCACGACGACCUCCAGACGCCAUCCACAAGUGCACGCAAUUCUGCCUCUGCAACUUUGACAUUGUGGAGUACCUUGUCACCAAGUGCUUCGACGUGGACCCUGCACAGAAGCAAGGCCGGAUGAAACUCAGCGAUAUCCACACGUGCUACGCCUGGUGUGGAUAUGAGAGUGCCCGUCGAAACAGGAAUAGUUGCCAACACUUCGCUUGAGGUCA